UUAAACUGAAUAUAUAGGAUCUUUAAAUUAUACCCCUUCCCACUUAUUAUUUUCACUGGAAAAGAGAUGUUGAAAUUCUAAGUAAUCAUGACUAAAGUGUAAUAUGGUUUUAGAAAAAAAGCUCAAGGUCAAAUAAGCGUGAAACAUCUGGCGAGCAUUUUAUAGGAAGGGACAUUAAAGACAUUCAUCAUUGAUGCUGAUUUUUCCUCCCAGCACUGCUGCAAAUACACAAACCACUCCAGCUCCCUUCAGAUCUACUCCAUGCUGUGCCUCAUGAAACAGCCAAGAUUAGCAGUUCACCAUCUGUGGGAAAAAUUGAGUACAAAUACCUAAUAAGAUUGGGAUGUGUACAUUUUUCUAUACACACGAAAAGAAUGAAGUAUGGACAUUGAACCGGUGCUUGCACAAAUGUUUAAUGGCACCGUGAUUACCCAUAGGGCCAUUCAUUAAGAAUUUCGCCGGCGCUGAAGCGCCGAUGAAAUGCGCAGGCGUCAGGCUGAGGACGUCCCUGAGUUUCAGGCAUGCGCGCAGUACACAGAAGGCUUUGAAAAUGUCGGAUGCAGCACUGCUGCAAAUACACAAACCACUCCAGCUCCCUUCAGAUCUACUCCAUGCUGUGCCUCAUGAAACAGCCAAGAUUAGCAGUUCACCAUCUGUGGGAAAAAUUGAGUACAAAUACCUAAUAAGAUUGGGAUGUGUACAUUUUUCUAUACACACGAAAAGAAUGAAGUAUGGACAUUGAACCGGUGCUUGCACAAAUGUUUAAUGGCACCGUGAUUACCCAUAGGGCCAUUCAUUAAGAAUUUCGCCGGCGCUGAAGCGCCGAUGAAAUGCGCAGGCGUCAGGCUGAGGACGUCCCUGAGUUUCAGGCAUGCGCGCAGUACACAGAAGGCUUUGAAAAUGUCGGAUGCAGGUUAAAAACGAGAAGGAAUUUGUCGUGGGGAUCUCAAACAGAAAACGCCAGUUUUGCUGUCUCUGUCUGGAUAUUUAAGAAGUGGAGCGAGGGAUUCAAUCGACCAUCCUUCAUGCUCAGACUGUGGAGAGGGAUUCAAUUGAUCAUUUGACCAAAUAGCAAGCCAGUCAUCUUACACAGGAGAAAGGCUGUUCACCUGCUCAGACAGUGGGAGUAGAUUCACUCAGUUAUCACAAUUAAAGGUACAUCAGCAAGUUCACACUGGGCAAGGCCAUUCAUCUGUUCUGUGUGUGAGAAAGGAUUCAGUUGGACCUGUGGACACACCAGUCAGUUCACACCACACCUGGUAGAGGCUGGUGAUCUGCUGAAUUUCUGGGAAAGGAUUCACUCAGUCAUUUGACCUUAUGGCUCACCAGCGAGUUCACACUGGGGAGAAGCCAUUCACCUGUUCAGUCUGUGGGAAGGGAUUCACUCAGUCAUCCAACCUACGGAGUCCCCAGCGAGUUCACACUGGGGAGAGGCCGUUCACCUGUUCAGAAUGUGAGAAGAGAUUCACUCAGUCAUCCAACCUACGGAGUCCCCAGCGAGUUCACACUGGAGAGAGGCGCUUCACCUGCUCAGUCUGUGGGAAGAGAUUCACUCAUUCAUCCGCCCUACACAGACAUCAGCGAGCUCACACUGGGGAGAAGCCGUUCACCUGCUCAGUCUGUGCGAAGGGAUUCACUCGGUCAUCCAACCUACUGGUACAUCAGCGAGUUCACACUGGGGAGAAGCCAUUCACCUGCUCAGAAUGUGGGAAAGGAUUCAGUGAGUUAUCCAACCUACUGGUACAUCAGCGAGUUCACUCUGGGGAGAAGCCAUUCACCUGCUCAGUCUGUGCGAAGGGAUUCAGUCGGUCAUCCAACCUAAGGAGACAUCAGCGAGUUCAUACUGGGGAGAAGCCAUUCACCUGCUCAGAAUGUGGGAAAGGAUUCAGUGAGUUAUCCAACCUACUGGUACAUCAGCGAGUUCACACUGGGGAGAAGCCAUUCACCUGCUCAGAAUGUGGGAAAGGAUUCAGUGAUUUAUCCAGCCAACUGAGACAUCAGCGAGUUCACACUGGGGAGAAGCCAUUCACAUGCUCAGAAUGUGGGAAAGGAUUCAGUGAGUUAUCCAGCCUACUGAGACAUCAGCGAGUUCACACUGGGGAGAAGCCAUUCACCUGCUCAGAAUGUGGGAAAGGAUUCAGUGAGUUAUCCACCCUACAGAGACAUCAGCGACUUCACACUGGGCAGAAACCGUUCACCUGUUCAGAAUGCGGGAAGAGAUUCACUCAGUCAUCCCACCUACAGAGUCAUCUGCCAGUUCACACUGGGGAGAGGCCAUUCACCUGCUCAGACUGUGGGAAAGGAUUCACUCUGAUAUCCCGCCUACAGAGACAUCAGCGAGUUCACACGGGGGAGAAGCCGUUCAACUGCUCAGACUGUGGGAAGGGAUUCACCCAGUCAUCCGACCUACGGAGUCACCAGCGAGUUCACACAGGGGAGAAGCCAUUCACCUGCUCAGUCUGUGGGAAGAGAUUCACUGUGUCAUCCCACCUACAGAGUCAUCAGCGAAUUCACACUGGGGUGAAGCCGUUCACCUGUUCAGAAUGUGGGAAGGGAUUCACUCAGUCAUCCAACCUACGGAGUCAUCAGCGAGUUCACACUGGAGAGAGGCCGUUCACCUGCUCAGAAUGUGGGAAGAGAUUCACUCAUUCAUCCGCCCUACAGAGUCACCAGCGAGCUCACACUGGGGAGAAGCCGUUCAUCUGCUCAGAAUGUGGGAAGAGAUUCACUCAUUCAUCCGCCCUACAGAGACACCAGCGAGCUCACACUGGGGAGAAGCCGUUCAUCUGCUCAGAAUGUGGGAAGGGAUUCACUGAGUCAUCCUACCUACAGAGACAUGAGAGUGUUCACACUGGUGAAAAGCCGUUCAAUUGCACAGAAUGUGGGAAACGGUUCACUCUGUCAUCCAACCUUCUGAAACACCAGCGAGCUCACACUGGGGAGAAGCCGUUCAUCUACUCAGAAUGUGGGAAGAGAUUCACUCAUUCAUCCGCCCUACAGAGACACCAGCGAGCUCGCACUGGGGAGAAGCCGUUCCUCUGCUCAGAAUGUGGGAAGAGAUUCACUCGCUCAUCCGACCUGCAGAGUCAUCAGCGAGUUCACACUGGAGAGAAGCCAUUCCCCUGCUCAGAAUGUGGGAAGAGGUUCAGUCACUCACGCUCCCUGCAGAGACACCAGUCAGUUCACACUGGGGAGAAGCCGUUCAUCUGCUUAGUCUGUGGGAAGAGAUUCACUGAGUCAUCCAGAUUACUGGAACAUCAGCGAGUUCACACUGGGGAGAAGCCGUUCAUCUGCUUAGUCUGUGGGAAGAGAUUCAAUAACUCAUCCAGAUUGCUGGAACAUCAGCGAGCUCACACUGGAGAGAGGCCAUUCACCUGCUCAGAAUGUGGGAAGAGAUUCACUCACUCUUCCACACUACAGAGACAUCAGCGAGUUCACACUGGAGAGGAGCCAUUUACCUGCUGAGAAUGUGGGAUAGGAUUCACUCAGUCAUUCCAACUACUGGCACACCAGUCAGUUGAUAUGAAUCCCUAGGUUUUGUUUGCUGUGGACUGUCAUUUUAAGAGAGAGAGAUUAGGAAGUUUAAUCAGUCUGACUUGCAGCUUGUUUACAUCACUCACAGCUUGUUUAGUUUUAACUGAGGACACAGACACUCAGAGUCAGACGGAGAUGAAGGAGGAAAAAUGGAAAGAUCGAUACAAGGGAAAUAGGUGCCCGCAAGUGUGGGUUAAUUAUCAAUUCAUCAUACAUCGAAUGUGUGGUUGUCACCUCGUUUGAUCCAUAGGAGUGGAUCUGAUUUGGGGUAUCAUGUGAAGACCACCGAUGUGUUAACCCUUGCCUGGGUGUGGUGUGGUAAUUCACUUGAAGACGAUACGUCUUGUGACAAGUCACUUUGGGUGAUAAUUAUUAUGUGGAUUUGGAAGGAUGACAGAUAAUAUCUACAGUGACUGUUCUCUUGUUUUACCACCAUGGAACCUGUGGAAUUCGACAUAAUUGCCUUCUCUCGACAUUUACCCUGGAUUACAUAUAUCUCUCUCAUCACCUAUUCUGUGGUUGAACUGAACUUUCAUACUUUACCAUCUCAAGACUCCAAGCCUUGUUCUCCCCAAGCUCAAUAGUUUUGGAUUUAUAUUUACACACAUAUAUACACAUAACACUGUUAACUUUUGUUUAUCUUGCUUAAGUUACUACAUUAUAAGUCGAUUCUAAUAAAGAUAGUUUUAAGAUCAAAAACAGACUCCUGGUGUAGUCUUCACGAGGAAAUCUGCAGAUGCUUG